AUGUCUUCAAUAUAUCCUACAAAUGCAGGAUUGCUUGAUAAGAAUGCCACAACUAUGAAAUAGUAAAAUUGGUAUUAGUAAUUGCUGUUCACUUGGGUUUAUCCAUUAUUAUUCGUAAGAUAUUUGUUUGAACCUUAGAUUGGCAAAAAUCAACCUUUGAGUUAGUAGGAUUUAUUCAGGAUCAACCAAGAUGAUUCAUCGGUAAUUUCCUACAAGAGAUUUCACAAAUACUUCUCUAAAUACUUUAGUUCCUUUAAUGGUUUGUAAAGAUCAUUAUUUUAGGCUUUCAUUGGUUAACUAUGUGUUUGCUUAGUGUUUUAUUUCAUAAGCAUUUCACUUUUGCUUUGUUAGCCAUUCAUAACUGAAUAGUCCCAAAAAUUCUUUAUUUAUGAAACUGAAGAUGACAAACCCGCACUAUCCAGCAUGUUGAUGUUCUCUUUGUUGUUCUUUGUCUACAUGCUUACAAUAUCCUUGUUAAAGCCGUUUUAGCUAUUUCAAUAGUCAUUAUUAAGUGUAAAGAUAUAGGGAGCUUUAUAAUAAUAAAUUCUGAUUAAGACUUUAAAAUUUCCAGUCAUCAGAUCUCAACAUUAUUCCAGUGGAGAGCUUAUCAAUCUAUUAUAGGUUGAUAUAAUGCAAGCAUCGAAUUAUUAUAAUGCCUGCUUUCAAUUAUUUUUAUCUCCGAUAUUUUUAAUUGCAACUGUGGCAAUAUUUUAUAUGACUUUACAAAAGGAAGCACUGGUUCCAGUGAUAGGAACAGUAGUCUAAACAAUCUUUGGAGUGAUUUUCGGUUAUUAUUAUGGCGUAAUAUAAAAAAAAUACAUGAUUUGCAAGGAUCUUAGAAUGAAAUCUGUUGAUGAGGCUUUGAUCUAUUCAAAGCAGUUGAAGUUAAAUUGCUUAGAAGAAUAUUUUGAAGAGAGAAUUAAACACAAUCGAGAUUAAGAAUUGGUUUAUUUAAAAUAUCAAGUCUAUUUAUAAUUAUUAAUACUGUUCAUGUAAUGUUCAUUAAGUGUAGCAACUUAUGAGCUUUGGUUUUUAUUUGCAGAUGAAUUAAAUUUUGGUCUGAUAACAAUAAUGAUGCAGAAUUUUUCAAAUAUUGCCAUGAUCUUUAGUGAGUUACCUAAUUAAUUAAGAAAUUUUCAGACUUCAAGAAAUUCAAUUAAUAGAUUAUCAAAUUAUUUCCAAUAACACGAAAUUCCUACAAAUAGUCCAGUAUAUAAUACUUCCAGUGAGAAUUCAAUAGAAUUCAACAAUGCUCAAUUUGAUUGGUAAAACAAUGAUACAUUUGUUGAUGAUAAUAAUAAGGAGAAUUUGAACCAGGAGGAAACUGGAGAGAUAUUUGGAGUCAAUAUCAAUUUAUCAAUUGGGAAAGGCAAGUUUAUUGCAUUUGUAGGAGGGUCAGCUUCAGGAAAAUCUACAAUUAUGAGAUCAAUUUUGGGGGAGACAAAUAAUACAGGAGGUUAAAUCACAUUGAAUGGUUCUAUUUCAGUUGCUAUGCAAGAACCAUGGAUUAUUAGUGGUAGUAUAAAGUAGAAUAUCACUUUCCUGAAUGCAUAUGACAGUGUGAAAUAUAAGAGGGUUAUUUAGAUGUGUGGAUUGGAGAGAGAUUUGAAAUCAUUUAGGAAUGGAGAUGAAACCAUACUUGGAGAGAAGGGAGACAACCUAUCCGGAGGAUAACAAAAAAGAAUCAAUUUAGCAAGGGCUGUGUAUAAUGAUGCAGACAUUUAUUUGUUAGAUGAUCCAUUGAGUGCUUUAGACAUUAAAGUGAAAUAUUAAAUUAAUUAAUAAUGUUUUAAUGGAUACUUGAAAAAUAAGACUAGAAUACUAUUUACUAAUUCAAUUUCUAACCUUCAGGGAUGUGAUAUGAUUUACAUUCUUGAAAAUGGUGGUAUUGUGAAGUAAGGAACAUUUGCAUAAAUCAAAUAUGAUAUUGCAUAAUCAGAAUCAGAAGAAUAGAAAGAAUACAUGGAUAUCAAAUUUGAAGAAUCCUAUUAUCCAAAAGGAUAAGAACAAAAAUAAGAUUUAAGAGCCAGUCUCAUUGUUGCUGAAGAUCAACAAAAGGGAUCAAUUUCCAAAGAAGUCUUUAAAUAAAUAUACAAGUACUUGGGGAGGUGUUGGCUGUUUAUUAUCAUAUUGGUAUAUUUUGUAACAACUGUUUCUGGCCAAAUGUUUGGCAAUUCCAAAUUAGCCCUGGAUGGAGUGAGCAGUGAUGAAUUUCGAUCUAUUGCUUUAGUGGCAUAUUUAAUUACUUAGUUUCCUACAUGUGCAGUUAUAGUACUUUUGAAGUUAUACUAUUUGUAUAGAGGUUUGAGGACAUCUAAAUAAUUACAUGAAAAAGUCAUAAAUAGCUUAAUAAAUGCUUCAUACACUAAAUUUUAUAAUACCAUCCUUAUUGGUAGAUUAAUGAAUCGUUUGAGUAAAGACAUUUACAAUAUUGAUUUAUUGUUUCCUAAUGAAGUAUACAACCUUACAAGUUGGCUUACAACACUCUUAUUGCCUUUAAUAGCUUGUUAUCUAUAUUUAAAUUUUAUUGCUCUCCCCAUUUUGGUAGUCUUCUUUUUAUUUAUAAUUUACUUAACAAUCAUUUAUUAUAGAUGCUUAAGAGAAGUGACAAGAAUUGAAUCAGUCUCAAAAUCUCCAGUUUUCACUUUGUUCUAGUAAAUAGUUAGAGGUAGUUCAUAUGUGAGAACUAGUGUACCAUAUGAGAAGGUUAUCGUAUAAUAAUAAGAAAAUGUUGAUACUGAUUUAGGCAAUUAAGUCUGUUUGAAUGGCUUCUAAUUUUGGUAUCAAUCAAUAGCUGGAACAUUAACGAAUGUGUUUUAAACAAUAUUAUUCAUUGUUUGUGUAAGUUUUAUAUUUCCUGGCAAGACUUAAAAGAUGACAAAUAUGGUAUUGUCUCAAAUGCAAGUUGUUUCUUAAUUGCUCUUGAAUGCAACUGUUUCAUAUGGCAAUAUUCAAAUGUAUGGAAUCUCUUUUGAAAGAUGUCUUCAUUUAGCAAAUAAAAUUGAAUUAGAAGAAAAAAACACCAGUUUUAUUACUCCUUCAGGUGAAGACGACAAUCAAAAGAAUCAAAGCAUUGUUAAUGCAAUUGAAUUAGACAAGUGUUCAUUUUAAUAUAGACCUAAUUCCAAAUACAUUUUAUCGAAUUUGAGUUUCUCAAUUAAACUCGGUGAGAAAAUUGGUAUAGUAGGAAGAACAGGAGCAGGAAAGAGCUCAAUCAUCUUAGCUUUGACUUAAAUAUUAGAUCAAACUGAUGGAUCAAUAACCAUCUUAGGAAAAAAUAUGAAUGCCUACAAAAUUGCAGAACUUAGGAAAUAAUUUUCAAUUAUCCCACAAGAUCCACUUGUCUUUAUGGGAACCCUCAGAAAUAACUUAGAUCCAGAAAAUAAACACGAGGAUUCAAGCCUUCGUAAAGUCUGUGAGAUUACCUAAUUCAUUGUAUCUAUUUCUACUAUGGCUUAAGAAUUAUUCAGUGAAAUAUAGGUUUAGGGCAACAAUCUGAGUUAAGGAGAGAAAUAAUUGUUGAACAUUGCAAGAUGCUUAUUAGAUAAUUAAAAAAUCAUUUUAGUAGAUGAAGCUACUGCCAGCAUAGAUGGUCCAACUGAGGAAAAGAUAAAAGAUAUUUUUGAAUAACACCUGUCUUAAUGUACAAUUUUGACAAUUGCCCACAAAGUUACCACUAUUAUGAAUUCAGACAGAAUCAUGGUUCUUGAUGAUGGAAAUAUCAUUGAAUUUGAUAGUCCUCAGAAUUUACUCUAAAAUGAAAAUAGCGAAUUCAAGCAAAUUAUUGAACUAAUUAAACAUUCAGAGAAACUAUGA